UCAGUACGUUUCGCGCUUCGGUCUGUUUCGUGUGUGCUUCUGACUCGUGAUCGCUCUAGUAGCUGUAGGUAUCUAAAUCCGCGAGUGUUUUUCGCGUUCAACUGAGGCUGGCUGACAACAGCAGCCGCAGCAGCAGCAGCAACAACAAGCAGCCUAACUGGCCACCCAUCUUCAACCAUCUGGUGGUCUAUUUCGAGUGGAAAGGAAGAAUGAAAAUUGGCAUAGUUGAGUGUAUUUGAUAACCACUGUGUUAGUUAAGAUUGAAAGUGAUGUUUUGAUCGAUCGUUGAUUAGUGUCGGUGAAGAUCUGAAAGGUUUAUUUCUAAACCAGUAUAGUUGCUUGGAGUGUUUUCAAGGAAGUUGUCGAGCGAAGAACUCGUUUGAUCUGCUAGUUUCGGACUCGAUCAACAACGGCCUUCAGAUCGGCGUCAAUUCGGAUAUCGAACCCUUGCUGGAUUACGUAACUUUUGCAAAAAACGGCCAGAGAGUUCCUCAAUGAAACCAAUAUGGAAUUACGGUCGAUAGCUUUAGUACUUUUCCAGUUAGCGACAAUAACCACUUUCACGCGAUGCGCUCAAAUUCCUUCCAUCAAACGAUCUGCCACGAUAUUUACCAAAGAACCUACAGUUCGGAUACAAUGUCUAUCGGGUUCUAUGCUGAUCACGAUCAAGGAUGCACCCGCUAACCUCAACGGCCAAUUCAGCGGGAUGGUGUAUCCGAAAGGAUUGGCGAAAAACUCAACUUGCCUCACCGAGUACCGGAAUCAGGAGGGCGCCCUCCGGUACAAACUUCCCCUCAAAAGUUGUAACACGAUGCCCAUCGAAACGGACGAUGGAGGGAUCGAGUUCUUCAACACGAUCGUUCUGCAGCCGCAUCUCAAGCUGGUCACCGACUUGGGUCGAGGGUACCACGUGCGCUGUCGUUACAAAAGCCGUGAGGCAGCUAUGAAACCUACGAAACCGUACGACGAUAAUCGACCUCUCGCUUUAACCAGUGCCGAAGGUGGUUCCGAUAGGCGAGACUAUGGCCGUUCGCUAGACAAAGAUCACACCGCACCGGAGGAGGAUGUUGAAGUGAAACCGAUGCCUGGAUGCCACAUGAAAAUUUUUACCGGUGAAAAAUUGGCAGAAAAUGUGAAGAUCGGUGACCCACUGACGCUGGUCAUUAACAUCGACAAGCAGGAGCUGUAUGGACUGCAUGUCACCGACUGUUUGGUGCGCGAUGGAUUAGGUUGGGGAGAGCAGAAGCUGGUCAACGAGGAAGGUUGUCCGUUGGACAAUGAAAUUCUUGGCCCGUUCGACUACACCGACGAUCGGAGUAAGGCAACGGUUACCUUUCCGGCGCACAAGUUUCCCUACACCACGUCGGUGUACUAUCAGUGCAACGUGAGGCUAUGCGCACUAGAUGAUCCAGAUUGCCAUAAGCCUCCAUCGUGCACCGGCAACAUGAAGCAGCGGCAAAAGCGAGAAACCGAAGACGAAGGACUUCCAGCGACCAUCGAAGUUUUCUCAGGGCUGUAUGUCAACGAGAACGCCGAGGUGAUCAGUGACGAUGCGGAUUCGGUUUUCAGGGAGAAGACCCCAGAUGACGCGAUCUGCGUGUCCCAGCGAAGUUUUGCCGUUGCCAUAGCCAUUGCCGGUCUCUGUCUGAUGUUGGCCGUUGUCCUGGCGGUGAUGUGUAUCGUAGCUAGGCGGAGUAAUAAGACUAUUUCCAACUCGGGCAGUUCGAUCUACAGUGGACCCUACACCAACACUGCCUUCUCGCAUAGUAGCUAAACGAAUGCCCUUGUUGUAUGCGUGCGUGCGUGCGUGCCUAGAGCGGAUAAAGAGAUGUGAAUGUUCGUGACGAGAUGUGUUCUGGAAGGCGGAAAUACGAGUACCAGAGAGCGUGACUUCUGUGAUUCUUUCUUCUUAAUCACUAACAACGACGAUCAUUAAUAACUAUAAUGAAAAAGAGAUCGCAAAUUUCAUAGGGUAACGUGCCAACUAGUGGAAAUAGGUACUUUUUAAACUAGCACCUCAUUUUAUUUGGUAUUAAACCAACUGCGAGACAUCUACGAGAGUAUUAUAUAUCCCAAGUUUAGAGUGAAACGGUAACUAAUGUUUCCAAAAGCUUAGGUAUUCCAUAUUGCCUUUAGAUAUUAUCGGACAAUGUUUUAUUUAAUGUUCCUUACCAAUUGUCUGCUAAUAUCGCAGAGGUAUUGUUCGAGAUCAGCUGGGUCUGCUCAAAACCAUAAUUUGGAGAAAUUUAUUCACAAUGACUAGAUUUUUCCAUUCUAUGUCAUUUAAGCGGAACAGAACCUCUGUCUGUUAAGUAUAGAACUAUCUUCAUAUUUCAAGCUAUCCAUCGUGCUGAAUCUAAUCAAUUGUUACUUUUGCACACGCACUGUCAGAAACUAAGUCAGGUGUUGGGAUUCUUAACGUUAGUCUAUUCAGGUCUCCAGUUAACUAUUUUCUAUCCACUAGCAGGACUCUCUAGCUACGUCAGUGUCUAUAUUUUAACUAUAAUUUAAGCAACGAACUAGAAUAUUACAAAGUAAUUGAUCGUUUGUAGGAUAGCAACUGUGAUACGAUUCAACAUUUUAGGCUUUGACUAAAACAAUGCAACACUGAAACUGCAAACAGUUUCCAUUGCAUGGCUACUCACUCUCAUUGCAGCGUGUGGUUUUAAAUAGUUUAGUUAAAUGUUUUCUUGUAUCUCAGUUCUAUUGUAGGGUCAGCUCAUACAAUCAAGGUUUCAAUAACCAUACAGUUGAUUGAAACAUUUACAUCGAAAACUAGUGUUUUGUUUGCUCUACAAUCGACGCCUGGUUGUGUACUUGUAAUUGUAUUUACGAACCGAACCAUGAGAAAACGAACGAAUUUAAUAAAUAUAUUGAUAU